AUGAUCGUCAAUCGACAGCUGGUUUCGGUUUUCCAACAACAAACACCAGCGACAACAACAUCAUUAAUGAGGCUGAAGAUCCCUUUGACUAUGGAUGAAGUCAUCGGUGGUAUUGAUGCAGAAAUAACUGAUGUAGAGGAGGCACUGCUCCAUCAAAUAGGUGCCAAAGAAGUGCCAUUUGCUGGUAUGGAUAAAAGCGGUCGUGGAGUUUGUUUGAAAUAU